AUGAGUAUAGACGAUGAUACCCAAUGGCUUGAGUGGGUAACGAAGCAGUUUGAAAGCAUCGCUGGGGAAGGUAAAGAAAUUGACUUGGAAGAAUUCAAAACUGCUCUGAAAGUGAAAGAGUCCUUCUUCGCGGAGAGGUUCUUUGCAUUGUUUGAUUCUGAUGGGAGUGGAACCAUUAGUUUAGAUGAGUUACUCAAAGCCUUGAACCUUCUCAUACAUGGAGACGAAACAGACAAGCUAAGAUUCCUCUUCCAAGUUUACGACGUAGAUGGCAGUGGUUCCAUCGACCCGGAUGAACUGCGCACAGUCCUGAAAUCAUGUCUGAAGGAGAGCACAAUAUCCUUGCCAGAGGAGAAACUGGAUGACCUCACGCUGGCUCUUUUUGAGUCGGCUGACAAAGACAACAGUGGCUCCAUCACUUUUGAGGAACUCAAGGAGGAACUAGAAUGCUUUCCAGAGGUCAUGGAGAACUUAACCAUAAGUGCCGCCAACUGGCUAAAGCCCCCGACCGUGGAACAGAAGAGGCACACGCCGCGCUACUUAACCCCAGCCUACUGGCACAACAACAGGAGCAAGCUGCUCUUCAUGGGCAGCUACCUGUGCCUGAAUACCCUCCUCUUCACCUGGGCUGCUCUGCGGCACUCGCCCCUCGGGGGCUGGGUCAUGAUGGCGAAAGGCUGCGGGCAGUGUCUGAACUUCAACUGCACCUUCCUUGGGGUGCUCAUGCUGCGCCGUUGCCUGACGUGGUUGCGAGCUACCUGGGUUGCGAAAGUUUUCCCGCUAGACCAAAACGUCCUCUUCCACCAGCUCGUGGGGUACGUGGUGGGGGCUCUCACAGCAGUUCACACCGGAGCACAUGUGGGGAACUUUGUCAGGCUGACUCAGAUCCAGGAUCGCCCCGCGCUUUGGGAAUAUCUGUUCACCACUCGGCCCGGGAUUGGCUGGAUUCACGGGAGCGCCUCGCUCACUGGGAUUGCACUGCAGCUCCUCAUCUGCAUGAUGCUAGUGUGUUCCAGCACCUUUGUCCGGAAGAGCGGCCAUUUUGAGGUCUUCUACUGGACUCAUCUGUCCUACAUCUCCAUCUGGGCUUUGUUAAUCCUCCAUGGGCCUAAUUUCUGGAAAUGGUUUGUGGUUCCUGGAUUUCUGUUUGUGGUGGAGAAGACAAUUGGCAUUGCUGUGUCACGCAUGGGCGGGCUGUACGUUGUGGAAAUCAACCUCCUGCCAUCAAAGGUGACUCAUCUUGUGAUUAAGAGACCACAGUUUUUCCACUACAAGCCUGGAGACUACGUUUACCUGAAUAUCCCAGCGAUUGCGAAGUAUGAAUGGCAUCCUUUCACCAUUAGCAGCGCUCCUGAACAACAAGAUACCAUCUGGCUGCAUAUAAGAUCACAAGGACAAUGGACCAGCAGACUCUAUGAAUAUUUCAGGUGGCCUGAACCACUCAGCCAGGAGCCUAAACGGCUAAUGAGAAAUCUAAGAAAGCAGAGGUACCACAAAUGGACCCAGGAACAUCUUUUCCGCUCAUCUGGUUCAGAGGCAUCAGUAGCCACCAGUAAGGAUGAAACGGUUGAACUGACGUCUUACAAAGCCACCAAGUACCCUGACGGUGAACCUGCUGACAUCACUGUCACCAGAAGGGAUGAAGAAGAGAGCCCGCACAUCAGAGAAGUUUCUACCAAGCUGAGUGAGAAUCACAGAGUUUGUAAUAUCAAGUGCUAUAUUGACGGUCCCUAUGGGACACCUACGCGAAGGAUCUUCACCUCGGAACAUGCUGUGCUGGUAGGCGCUGGGAUCGGCAUUACUCCCUUUGCCUCUAUCUUGCAAAGCAUCAUGUACAGGUAUCGCAUGAGAAAACAAAAUGAUCCCCGCAGUGGCUAUUCAUGGUCUGAGAGCCUCAAGGAUGACGAAAUGAAGCUUAGGAAGGUUGACUUCAUCUGGAUCAACCGAGACCAGAAGUCCUUUGAGUGGUUUGUCAGCCUGCUCACAAAGCUGGAAAUGGACCAGACUGAUGAGGAACCGGAAGGCCGUUUUCUAGAGAUGCACCUGUACAUGACUUCAGCGCUCAGUAAGAACGAUAUGAAGGCUAUUGGUCUGCAGAUGGCUUUAGAUCUGCUGGCGAAGAAGGAAAAGAAAGACUCUAUCACAGGACUGAGGACCAGAACCCAACCAGGCCGCCCUGACUGGAGCAAGGUGUUCCACAGGAUGGCAGAGGAAAAUAAAGGGAAAGUCCAAGUCUUCUUCUGCGGGUCUCCGGCUCUUGCCAAGGUAGUCAAGGCUCACUGCGAACACUUCAACUUCAGAUUUUUCAAAGAAAAUUUUUAAUGAUCUCUUUCUGUCCAUCGCUGCCUUUCUCCGCAGCCCGGAGGGCUGUGUUUAGAAUCCACUUCCUGCAGGUGAUUUAAAGCGUAGCUUAGGUGUUUCCUUCUGUAAUUGCUGGCGCAUGCAUCAUACUUACAAGAGAGCUUUCUUUACCUUCCUCUCUGAUUGUAUGUGUGGGAAUGUACUGUUUGCCCAAAGCAUGGUCUAAACAUUUCCCAUAAAUAAAGCAUGCUUGUGUUCAGCUGAACCUGGUGUCUAGCACCUCCAGCUGAGUCCCAGUAGGAGCACAAAUAACCACUUUGGCUUCUUUUUUGUGCAUGGUGUGCAACUGGGGUAGGAUGCCCCCGUCAUGAAGAAUAAAGCUCCCAUUUUGGGGAGGAAAUGUGGAAACUUUAAGGGGAGGGUGGGGCAGCACCAGUUCUAGGAGUUUACUGCCCCUUGGUAGCUAUGGACAGACCUUCAUAAAAGACUAGGGACAUAGGAGUUGCCAGAGUGGAUCAGCUCAGUUCUCCAUCCAGUCUGGUAUCCCACCUCAGGCAGUGGCCAGUGCCAGAUGCUUCAGAGGAUGGUGCAAGAGAUUGUCGGCUUACAGCAGAGAUGGGGCAAGCCAUAAAAUACACAUCCAGAGUCCAAGUGCCCCAGUUUGAGGAUUUUCAGUGCCAGGGUUUUGAUUCAGCCUGGGAACAAAAUUCAGAUCUUUACCAGGGUUUGGCUUCUGAGCCCAUCCAAAGGUCAGGGGAGCUUGGGGUCCAGGACUCGGGCCUAUUUCUAAAUACUAUCAGUUGGCUGAUAAGAAACAUUACAAGAAAAUAAACCCACUGGCCAGAUUCUCUGUAGUGGAGAGGGAUGGCCACAGGAAGCCUGGUUUACAGUCGACUGGCCCGGGCACAAGACAGAGCUGCCCCUGUGCAAAGCUACCUUAUGCUAGCGGAGGAUCAGUCGUAGCAGAGUUCCGUCCCACCCCUUGACUGUCCGCAGCCCGCCACACACACCCUGCAACAGAGCCACCCCUGCCAGAUUUAGUACAGCAGAGCGUUCCCCUGGGCAGGAGCAAUUUCUGCCGAGCAUUUCAGGCCGUGCUGAGGCCAGUGUGCACAAAGUGGCCUUAGCAGACAGACAAGUAUGAAGAACAAACUUGCUCCGAGGAGCGCACGAUUCAGCCUGAGCGGGGGGCACAGAGAUGCAGCUCACUGUCUCACUGCAGGCUCACUGUCGGCAGUUUAGGAAUGGGUUAAGUGCCUGAUGGAGUAAAUAAGCUUGUUUGUCUGUGUCCAAACUGACAUCAAAGCAUGAAUUAGAGUUUCUUCCACUCGGCUAGUUUAGAAUAUCACAGCACAAAGCCUGGAAAUGCCUGUUUUUAGAGCCCAGACAGGCGUGAACUGACAAGCAGCUUGUUUGCUCUUAGGGCAGUUGGUUGCAGUUUUGUCAUCACUCAGCUUGUUAGCCUUUUCCAACAGGACCAUGUCACUGCUUUACUCUUGGUUCCAUCUUGGCUAUGUCUCGGGGAGACAGCUCGAAUUUGGGGAGAUUUCGGUGUUUCCCAGGAAACACAGGGGUGCAGCCAAAGCCAGGAGAAAUGCAAGAGAAAAGGGAGACACAGAACCGUAAGGAGACUGAGGGAGCCAUUGGCGAACAAACCUUGCAAAAGCUGAAUGAGUCUCUUUCGUUCAGGAUUCUGGGUGGGGCUUGUAACAUUUUCAGCAUAAUAUUAAAUGCUCAAAACUCUUUGAGCACAAAGUGCUGGAUCAUCGUUAGUCAGUUUCACUUUGCGUGUGGGGUUGCAAACAGUUUGGUGGCUGAAAAGCUUGGUGCUUAAGCAACAUCAAAAAGUGGAUUUCCCCACAUGGUUGUGAAAGUGUCAGAAAGCUGCCACUUCGGGUUUCCACUCUGAACGCUCAUCUUGUGCCCCGCUGCCAAUCUCCGGUCUCGUCCCAUAACGUCCUCAGAGGUCUUUUACCAAGGGUGAAGCUCUGACUGCAGCCCAGAGCUGAGCACAGGACCUUGAAAUCCUGGGAACUUUAGGAAAGUCCAGCCCAAGAUUCAGCUGUGAACAUGGCAGCCAGAGCCCAUCUCUGUGUUUGGAGGAGCUGGUUGGGAAAUUAUUAUUGUUUUUCCCUAAGAAAAAUUUAGACCAAACCGUUUUUUUCCCCAUUUCUGUUGAAAAUUUUCUUUUACUUUUUUUGGCUUUUGGUGAAAAACUGACAACCCAGAAUCUGAGAAAUUCCAGCUUUCGGUUACCACAAACCAAAAUGUUUUCAUUUUUUAGAGUUUGGGUGUGUCAACGAAAACCUACAAAUUUUCUAGCAAAAUGGACAUUUUCCCACAAAAUGGUCUGGUUCAUCAAACAGCCAUUUUCGGACAAAAACAUUAUUUUGAUGGAACAUUUUCAACCCUCUCUUGCAUUUUGGAUGUAGGCCCCCUUGAACGUUAGGAACACUUGACUUUGGGUCUCUCAGCCUCAGCUCAGAUUCAGACUCUGUCCUCGGAUUUUUGAUAGAGAGCACUGGAGACAGUAUUGUACUUGGUGUUCUUACAUGUUGGUCACGGCUCCCUGCCAUCGCUGUAAAAAUAGUGUUGUAAUGGGUCUUCUGUGAAUGAAAUCACAUAUUAAAAGAUGAGCAUAAUUCAUGGCAUUUAGACCCAGAAUCAGAGUCAAAUUAU